CGUUUUGAGUGUUUAAGAAUAUCGUCAGUGUUUUUACGCAAUUCACCAAUUAAAGAUUGCGACAAUUAAAUAAGACAUUUCCUCACUACAUCAUGGCAAGAGAUUUUUAUCUCGAAUCGUCAAUAUUUGGCUGGCUUGCAGCCGGAGAUAAAAGUGGAAAAUUUUCGUAUAAAAAGAGCGAAGUGUUUUUCGUUAUUACAAUUGUACAAUCGAAAUUCAUCCGGGAUUCAAGAUGGUUAUUCGAUAUGGUUUCUUACUGAUUGCCUCCGUUGUUUUCUUAGGAACAGUGACGAAUGCUUUGCCACCGAAAAAAAUAAUCGGUGGUCAAAGAGCCGCUCCUGGUGAAUUUCCGUAUCAAGUUUCGUUGAGGAUCGAUGGCAAACACAUGUGCGGUGGAGCGAUAAUUAGCAAACGUCACAUUCUUACCGCUGCUCAUUGCGUCGUUGGGGUCACAACAAAGCCCUAUACAAAUAUCGUCGUCGUAACCGGAUCGGUAAAGAGUAGAGCCGGCCAAACUCACGUUGUGAAGUCGGUUAUGUAUAAUCCCCUCUGGGUCAGAGGACCUGUCGGUAUCCCGAAUGACAUUGCGAUUGUUCAGUUGGCCAGGGAUAUGCACUUCGAUGCAAACCAAAGGGAAGUUGCGUUGCCAAAGUUGCCGACGCCCGGCGGGAUGAUGGGAACGGUGACCGGAUGGGGCUACCUGGCUCCCGGUGCUCUCGUGACUGCGGAGGAUCUCAUGAAGCUCCAGGUUAAAUCCAUAAGCGCUUCCGAGUGCCACAGCCUUUUUGCUGGAAUGGCGCAGAUUCAUCCACAACAGAUUUGUAGCCUCGGCAUGCCGGGACGUGGAUUCUGUCAGGGUGACAGUGGUGGUCCUUUCGUCGUCAACAAUCAGUUGGUUGGCAUCGUCUCUUUCAACGUUCCUUGCGCCAAAGGCUUGCCGGAUGUCUACACCAGCGUUUAUCACUUCCUCGAUUGGAUUGAUAAAGCCAUCAAACUGCACUAACUCCAGCGAUUUAGCAAUAGUUUUUUCAUUUUAUCAUUUAUAUCGUCAAUUUUCGUGGAGUAAUAAAACUGAAAAACAAAAUCGUCGGUUUGUCCAAGCGUCAUAAUCUCUUGCUGCGAUAGCCGCUCAAUUUCAACGGGAAAUAUUCGAUCUCACACCCGAAAGUGUGUAAACAAAAUUUCGGGUGAUAAAUGAGCAAUCUAAAUAAAAAAAUAUCCGCUGAUGCCGCGGGCUCGAGUUCUUUCUGGAGGCAAAUCGAGCAUCGAAUCGUCGCGUAAUUACGUUACGUCCAGUUAUCGUAACCUCGGAAGAAUAUCGAGCAUAAACAUUCAUCGCCCAAGCGGAUGCAAUAUGGAAUGGAGGAACGCAAGUGCGUUGGAUAAAUACGAAAUUCGGAAUGGACCGUAUAUAAAUGCUCGUAGCAUCUCGAGUAAACUGCGCAUUAUCGCGUUUGGUUUUCAUCCAGUCAGGCAGAUGAGGACAAAAAUGCAUUUCUCACAACUAGUUCUUUCCGCAGCUACGAUCCUCAGUGUUUUUGUAGGUACAAAUGGGAAAGCGCCGAGUCGUGUAGUCGGCGGUGAGGAUGCAAACAUCGGCGAAUUCCCAUACUCGGCAGCGGUAUUCAAGAAAAACAAGCAAAUAUGUGGAGGUUCGAUAAUUGGGAGCCGCCAUAUUCUUACG